AUUCUCUAGACACCAAGUUUAUGAGUGCAAUAAAUCCAAAAGCCCGUUGCUGUCUUACUGAGCUCUUUCACCAUAAUGCUUCGGUUUAAAAUCUGAGACGAGAAUCUCGUCACGAUAUGCAUACAAAUCCCUAUGAGCGACUGAUUCUGUGGGUUCUUCACUUCCUGAACUCCGGAGUCCACUUCGGUUGAAGACUUGCUCAGAUUCAUUCACCAAUCCAUCUGUUAAUUCCAUCGCAAACAGCCCUCGCUUCCUCCCGACUCUCUCAGACUACGCCUCCCGCUCCUUCUCGCAGCCACCGCCGGCGACGCAGCAAGCCACCACUCCACUACUCCACCGGCGACGCAGCCCUUCGACGUUCAGGACUUCAGCAGGUGAUCUAUAUGUUGCCUAAAAGAGCACAAGUACCUUGAUUUGGGCUUCUUUGACACUCUUCACAAUGUCAUUGGUGAAACCUUUAAAGAAGCUUGUUUCUUGUGUUAUUCUUGAUUUGGAUGGUACACUUCUAAACACAGAUGGCAUUGUGAGUGAUGUUCUAAAGGUUGCCCUAGUUAAUUAUGGAAAGCAAUGGGAUGGCAGAGAAGCUCAUAAAAUAGUAGGGAAGACACCUGUAGAAGCUGCAGCUGUGGUUGUUGAAGAUUAUGAGAUUCCCUUAACAAAAGAAGAAUUUCUUACACAAAUUACUCCAAUGUUUUCUGAGCGGUGGUCCAAUAUUAAAGCUCUUCCAGGUGCCAAUCGAUUGAUUAAUCAUCUCAAAAGUCAUGGUGUGCUAAUGGCCUUGGCUUCUAAUUCUCCGAAGUCAAACAUAGAGACAAAAAUUUCUUAUCAUCAAGGUUGGAAGGAAUCCUUCUCCACCAUUGUUGGAGGUGAUGAAGUUACAGCUGGAAAGCCAAAUCCUGAAAUUUUUCUUGAAGUGGCUAAAAGACUUGGUGUAAAUCCAUCCAGCUGUCUUGUCAUUGAAGAUUCAUUACCUGGUGUUGCUGCUGGUAAGGCUGCUGAAAUGGAAGUGGUUGCUGUACCAUCCCUUCCUAAACAGUCUCAUCUAUACACAUCAGCUGAUGAGGUGAUCAAUUCACUUCUCGAUUUGCAUCCGGAAAAGUGGGGCCUGCCUGCAUUUCAAGAUUGGGUAGAAGGAACUUUACCUAUAGAAACUUGGUACAUUGGUGGACCUGUCGUUAGAGGAUUUGGUCGUGGCUCAAAGGUGCUUGGGAUCCCAACAGCCAAUUUAUCCACAACCGGGUAUUCAGACCUCCUUACGGAAUAUCCAUCAGGCGUAUAUUUCGGGUGGGCUGGAUUAUCUAAUCAUGGUAUAUACAAAAUGGUCAUGAGCAUCGGUUGGAACCCAUACUUCAAUAACACGGAGAAGACCAUAGAGCCGUGGCUGCUACAUGACUUUAGUGAGGACUUCUAUGGGGAGGAAUUGCAUCUUGUAAUCGUGGGCUAUAUACGACCUGAGGCCAACUUUUCAUCGCUUGAAAGCUUGAUAGCAAAGAUUCAUGAGGAUAGAAGAGUUGCAGAGAAUGCCCUUGAGCUUCCUCUAUACUCAAAGAACAGAGAUGAUCCCUACCUGAAGAGUCCUCAACUCCAGAACAAUUUAUGAAUGUACGAUAAGCAGAAAAUAUUUGUGGGCAUUUUUACAAAUAUAAAUCACAUUUAAAAAACUACCCUUAUUUAUCAAUCAAAUUUAUAAAAACCAUUUUGGUUGUUCUCUAUUUUUCAA